AUGUUCUGGAAGCUAGCGUCUCUCUCGGCAUCGUCUCCUGUGGAGUCGAUACUUGACAAAGAGAAAUACACAUUGGAAGAGCUAAUUGACGAGGAAGAGAUUAUCCAAGAAUGCAAAGCUUUGAAUAGCCGACUCAUCAAUUUUCUAAGGGAUAGAGCUCAAGUGGAGCAACUCUUGCGGUAUGUUGUUGAAGAACCUCAGGACGAUGCAGAUAGCAAACUUGCUUUCAAGUUUCCAUUCAUCUCUUGCGAGAUAUUCACAUGUGAGAUUGAAGUUAUUCUCAAGACUUUGGUGGAGGACGAGAAGCUGAUGGAUUUGCUAUUCUCCUUUUUGGAACCAAAUCGUCCUCAUAGUGCGUUGCUGGCAGGCUAUUUUGGCAAGGUUGUCAUAUGCCUUAUGGUCAGAAAGACUGCAGCACUUAUGAACUACAUAAAAGGGCAUCAAAAUGUGUUUAGCCAGUUGGUUGAUUUAAUUGGAAUAACAUCCAUCAUGGAGGUUUUGGUUCGCUUGGUUGGAGCUGACGAUCAUGUCUAUCCUAACUUUCUGGAUGUAAUGCAAUACUUGGCUGAUAGCGAUUUACUUGAAAUGAUCGUGGACAAACUAAAUCCAUCUAGCCCUCCUGAAGUUCAGGCAAAUGCAGCAGAAACAUUAUGUGCAAUUACUCGAAAUGCACCUUCAGCUUUAGCCACAAAAAUCUCCAGCCCUGACUUUGUUUCUAGGAUUUUUGGUCAUGCUAUAGAAGAUUCACAUUCAAAAUCUGGCCUAGUUCAUUCACUUACUGUAUGCAUCUCUUUGUUAGAUCCGAGGAGAUCUGCUGCUUCAAUGCCUUUCUUCAACUCUUUUAGAGGUCAAAAUAUGUUUGAGUCUCCUGUCCCAGUGACCCAGGAGACUAUUGGUGCCAUGCUACCAAAACUAGGUGACAUGCUUGUGCUUCUCAGUGUUGCGUCUGACAACAAAGUAUUACCUACGUCCUAUGGAGAGCUGAGGCCUCCUCUUGGAAAGCAUCGUCUGAAGAUUGUAGAGUUCAUUGCGGUUAUGUUGAAAUCUGGAAAUGAAGCUGCUGGGAAAGAAUUAGCGAGCUCUGGAACAAUAAAAAGGAUCCUUGAACUAUUUUUCGAGUACCCAUACAACAACGCUCUGCAUCACCAAGUAGAAAGUAUAAUUCUUUCUUGUUUGGAAAACAAGAGCGAAGCAAUGGUUAACCAUAUCCUUCACGAAUGCAACCUGAUCUCCAAAAUUCUUUCGUCGGACAAAGACUCUACUCUUCCUGGUGAUAACCUGCCUACCGUAGUUGCGCCUGGGAAAAAACCACCACGUGUUGGAUAUGUUGGACAUAUCACAAGACUAUGGAACAAACUUGUCCAGUUGAGUGAUAGCAAUGGCCUGAUAAAGACAUCUCUUCAGGCAAACAGUGAAUGGACUGAGUGGCAAAGUAGCGUUCUUCAGGAGCGUAACACUGUUGAGAAUGUGUACAGAUGGGCAUGCGGGCGCCCAAGUACAGUACAAGAUAGGACACAGGACAGUGACGAAGAAGACAGAGACUACGAUGUUGCAGCUCUGGCCAAUAACUUGAACCAAGCAUUUAACUACAGAAUCUAUGGAAACGACGACAAUGAUCAAGAGGAUCAAAAUACUCUCGAUAGAGACGAUAAUGAUGCUUACUUUGACGAUGAAUCGGCUGAAGUAGUAAUUUCAUCCUUGAGACUCGGAGAUGACCAAGGAAGUUUGCUCACGAAUUCGAACUGGUUCACAUUCCAAGACGAAAGAUUCAGCAACACCACCUCUGAUACAAUGGUGGAAGACGACGGAAACUUAAACGGCGACGAUAGCAGCAGCAGUGACGACGAAGUUAUGGUUGGAGAAGAAGAAGAAGAAGAAGAAGACGACCAUGAUCUAACCGAGAAACCAAACAACAUGUCUCCUGACAGUUUAUCAACAUCUGAAAUGCAAGUCAGUGGCUCCGGUCUGAGCCCAAUCAUCGAUGUACCAAUGCUGGAUGUCAAAACCGAACCGGUGGUUUCAAACGGUUCGCCGACGACAUCUGGAACCAGAAGCUUAAGCCCGGGGCAGAAAUCGCCUCCGGUGAGAGCAUUGUUUGAAGAGGAUGUGGAGUUUGUGGGAGUGGAACCGGAAGGGACAGAGAAAGCAAUGGAGCAAGCUUUGAAAGAAGGGAUCGUCGGCGAAGCUGGACCGUUGAAACGGAGUAUCGUUCAGAAAGCUCCGGAAAACGAUAACCAGGAUGAGAACUCCGGUGUGAAAGAGUUCAACGAUUCGAAUUUCUGGAGAGUUGAUCAAGAAGUUACAGUUUUGGAGUAA